AGUUGUACAAAACUAGCACCAAAUUUGUGGCUCUUGGUGUUUGUUGGGGUGGGAAGAAGGAAUGGAUUUAGAGAUGGCUGGGCAGUAAGCUAGACUUCACUGUGUCACUGUACCAUUUAGCGCGAGUGAAACAACCAACCUUUAGGAGCGCUGUUAGAGAGUGCUUGACCUGGUACAAGGGUGCAGGAGAAGUAGGAGGCCAGCGAGAGACUGAGAUUUCCUUGGAGAUGCAAAGACUGUGUCUUCCCUGGUAUCUGAAGGCUAACACAGUGCUUGGCACAAAGAAGAAAGCCAAGAUGUAUUUGCUGAAUGGAUGAAAGAAGUUAUUUUGUUUAAUGAAUAAUAUUUGUAAAUCCUAGUUUUUCUUUAGACAGAUAGUAUCAUUUUAUGUUUUAGCUUGGAGCAGUUUCCUAAUUUUUCUCCAUGAUGCUUUAUGUUAUGUAAUAUACCUAUAAAUGCCUGCAUCCUUGUGAAAUCUUUAUAUAAGGACUCAGACUAUUUUUACAACAGUCUUAGAAACAUGGCUGUUGUUUCUCAUGAGUCAUUGCAGUGAUCUUGACUUUGCCUGUGUAAUUAUGAGAUACCUGAUAGCAAACCUCACAUUUUUAUAUCUAAGUCAGGUAAAAUAUAAGAAGUUCUUUUGGUUUUAAAAACUGAUUUAUAUACAUCUUUGAUGGCUUUGUACUAUAAAAGUUGAUAGUUUAUAUGUUUGAAAAUUAUAUCCUUUUAUCUAUGUCUAAGGAAUGAGGUGUUUUGUCAUGGUCUCUGUGGAUGCAUCAUAGUUCUUCAUCUAGUGAUAGAGCAUCUUUUUCAAGACUAUGACCCAGAAAAUUAUCCCUUAAAGUUAUUAUGGGAUUUUAUAGAUCAAAGACUUAGGAAGUAAGGUAUCAUUGGUCCUUUUUUAGCAGACUAAAAUGUUGGGUGGAGAUAAGAUGUAACAGAAGAUCCUUUGUCUCCAUCUUCAGUAAGUCUUUGAAAUAGACUUUUCAAAGUCCCCACCUUUACCAGUAUCCAAACAUAAGCCUUUCACGUGGACUUUCUAAAGUUAGGCAAGACCAUGUGAGCAUGCCUUGACGAUGCUGCCAGCUCUGGAACUCCGAGAACUUCAGGUUUGCUUGCAAAAAUCAGAUCAUGGAAAUAAAUCCUAGCACAUAGAUAAACUUCAUUAAAGUCUGUUGUGGUCUGAAUAGAUUCUAUCAGUAGGUUGGGGGAGGGUGCUUCUCAGCUAAAGACCUGGUUGCCUGGAGGCCCAGACAGAGCAUUAUGGUGAGUUACACCUUUUGCCUUGUCUGGUUUUGCUAAUGGCCCAUGAUUUAGGAAUAAGGUGAUACUUCUGAUCAGUAAUCUCUGACUUGCUGUCUCUAGCACUUUUUCUCUAGGCUGUACACAGCAGCCCCUCCUACCCUAUCCUCCAUUACUUUGGGGGUUGCUGUUAGAACUCAUUUGGCAGUAUUUAUUGGGAUCUAUGCUUCAGACACUGUGCUAGAUUCUGGAACUGACUUUGAAUAACAGAAGAAUUGGCUAUUGAGUAGCAUGUUUUAAAAAAUUAGAUUGGAUUUAAACAAAUUUACGAGUAUGGUACCUUCAGGGACAGGGGCCUGUCCUUAAAAGUGUACAGCUUUGGGAAUAGGAUUCUUAGGAUACACACACAAAAGGGUGAUUUCUUCUCCCUCUGAACUGGGACUAGAAACUACCAUCACAGGGGCCUAGGUUGUAGGAAAGAGAGAGGAUUACCCAGCCUCGUAGAGCUUGAGGCCCAGACCCUCCCCAACUCCAAAGGCAGAUUGUGGGACAGCUCGGUCUGCUCUUCACCAGCAUGCCCCAUGCCAGCAUUUCUGAGUGACAGCCACAUAGACCAUCCAUGGAUGGUGAUGCUGAUCCUGGAAUGCUGAUGUCAUGAAGCUGGUUCCCCAGGAAAUCUUUAGCCUUACACAGGUUGUACAUGGCUAGUAAAGACGGCCCAGAUGAAACAUUUGUUCAGUUUUAACCUUGAAUCUUGGGAGACUGACCUUUCUGAAACAUUGUAACUUUCAGUUAAUGGCCACAUGCCACAGAGCCUCCUUGUCCUGAGACUAGUUAUAAACCUGAUACACAUUUCACGUAUAUACUCCACAUACAAGGCCUUUUAUUGCUAGUGGAUGAUCCUGCGCUGAUGCUUUCAACUGUCAUCAUGGUCCAGUAGUCAGCACUAGUGGCUGUAUAGUGCUAGACUUCUAGAAUCUGUCUCCUGCCCUGAAAGAUGACACAUGAUGACUGGUGAGGGGGCCCAGAUUUUGAACCAGCACUCUCAGUCCCACCAGCUCUCCAGCCGUGCAGAGGCUUUUGAGCUAUGCAGACUACAAAAGGUUUAUUCACACUUUGCCAGCCUGAUUCACCCUCUGAUGCACUUUUUGAAGGAGAAUUGCAGAAUUUGCUUGAACAUCAUUGUGGCCUUUUUAGGGCUGACAUGUUUAGUUGAAGUCUCCACAUCCAUUUAGCUUAACUCUGACUUCUGAUUCCCAUUUGUGGUAUAGACUGAAGCCUCAGAUUCUGUACAAAAUGUACUAUAUACCAAUUCCUGGAAUAGGAGUUUAAGAUGAGAAAAUAAACUGGCAAUAUUACUGGCAAAAAUUUAAAAAUAAAGCACUAUAAACUGGGCAGAGAUAAAGUGACAUUCAGAGAACUUGAUUCAUGUACAUUUAUAUAGUUAUCAAGCAGUAUAAUUAAGAUUUAAACUGAGUUCUUUUCAUGAGAAUGUAUAGUAUACUAGGAUUCUCUAGCUCCUAUGACUAAGGAUCAGUCAGAGCAAUUAGGUAAAGGCCUACCUUUUUGAAUAGGAUUUGCCCAGUCUGGCUAUUCUUGGUGAACCCUCAUUACCCACAAACAAGAGUAAAGUUUGUGUUCAAUAGUGUACCAGGAGAGUGGUUAGGGAUGCACAGUGCUGAUUCUUAUGUGUCAUUGGUCUAUAUUUAUUGGACAAGAUGGGAUAUUUGAAUUUUUAUAUCAGGUUAGAAUUUUAAAAUCCUGACAAGAAAGUCACUAAGUUUAGUGUCUAACAGAAAGAGACUUCAGUUCAGUAGUUUCCACCUUCCCAUUUUUGUGGUUUCUGAACCUACUUUAAACUUGGCCAUGACCAAAUAAAUGAAGGCCAAAGUGGGUUUGUGUUUAUUGGAGACAGAUUAUAAGCCAGUCUGUAAUAAACAAGUGAGGUCAGAAGAAAGAUCUUCCUGUUAACAACAGAUAAAUUGAGUGCUGUUUAACAAGUUGGGAAUUUUUAGUUUUUAGUCUUGCUGAUUUCGUAGGUUGAGACUUGCUGGUUCAGAGCUAACGGCUUUUGGACAGGCUUGGACCUAAGAUUGUGUUAGCUGAUCAGGGUUAGAGUGAAGGGUCAACAAGCCAUUGUGGAAUAUUGUCAGAAGCUUCCAGUAAGUUGCCCGUAUGUGUAUGGAACUCACAGAAGAGUUAGUCUUUGUGUCUUGGGGAAAAGCAGAUGAGUACAAGAAGCUAUUGAAGAGAGCUAAGUAGAAGAUGUGGUUACUUAAUAAACCCGUCCCUGGACAUCAGGACUUGAUAAGGCUCAGUAUAAUUGAGGGGUGUCCUGGCUUGAUCUAGCACCAGGCGUUGCCCAGUGGUGACAUAGUCCAUAGGGAUGACUUAGUAGGGCUUCUUGUCUCUGUUAAUUGGGCACUUUUACUCGGUUCAUUACUGCUUUGUAGUUAUUCAGCACAUACUGAUAUGAAUGUCUGACCGUGGUAGCUACUGAGGAGUAACCAGAAUCCACAGAGGCCUGCCACUAACAUGUUCAUUGUGAACAGUCACAAUGACACAGGUACUGCAGGUCACAUGUGUAUAAAAACAAUAGGCUGAGUGUUUGGCCUCUGUGAUCUGAUUGGUGUUCAAAUCUUGGCCAUUUUCUUUGGCAGUAUACCUUCAAUAAAAAAAAAAUUAAUGACUUUACCUCGUUGCUCAACAGUGUUAUUUGGGCAGCUGUUUUGUUAGUACUGCAGUGCUUAAAAAAAAGCUCUCAGCAAAGCAGAUUAUUCUCUCUUUGGGACCUUUAUAAGAAUUAUUUUUAUCUAGGUAAAGUGUUCAUCAUAUGAAAAUGUUUUAGUGUACAUUCCUUUUGGUAUGGGGAGAAACAUGGCUCUCUAACAGCACUAAUAUUACUGUCAUAUCUUCAAAAUGCAGAAGAACUUCUAACAGGUUUUAACCGGCUGGUUAGCACAAUGGGAGCAAAAUACACACUUUACAGGGUACACUGUAAAGAAAACUCUGCAGGUCUCAGAAUGUCAAAGCCUUCACUGUCCCUAGUAUCUAGAAUGAGAAGUGAUAAAAUGACCUAGUUACAUCUACUGGAAGCCAUAUGUACAAAGACACUGAUUUCACAAUGGAGUACUGUAGCAAAUGAUGGCAAACAACCCCAGUGUGCAAAUUAAACUAACUGGAACCAAUUGUAAAACGUUGCACACAAUGUAAUGCGGUGAAGUCAUUAAAAACAGUGACUCAGCUCUGCAUGUAACUGGGCAGUACAUAGUGAAUUCCCAAAUUUUAUUCAGUUGCUAGGGGCAGAUAUGGGGUGGUUGAAUUUAUAAAUUGUUACUCUGCAAGUGUUUGUUUUACAGCCACAUUUUUGUACAUUUAAAUGAGAGCACACAUAGUUAUUGUUUAUGGGUAGACUGUUUCUGGAAGGUUACAGAGGAAGCUGAGAAGUAUUUGCCUUCAAGGAGGGCAGUUGGUAGCUGAGGGCGGGCUUAGAAGAAAUUGAGGUUUUAAAAAUAUUUUCAUUUGGUGUCUCAAUACAUUUCAAAUCACAAAUGUGUAUUAUGUUAAAAAGGUUUAAAAUCAUUACAUAGGAGAUUUGGGCCUGGGGACCAGGUUGAACAAUACUGCAGUGUCCAGGGAAAUAAGGUGAGGGUACCAGUCAAAGAAAAGGGAAGGAGUGAAUGACAGGCCUUGUGCACAAAGCCCAGAGGGCUGUGUGUGCUGCUGGUGGCACAUGCCUGCAAUCCCAGCAUUUGGAAUGCUGAAGGCUGUAAGUUCAAGGCUAGUUCACUCUGUAUAGCAGGACCUUGUCUCAAAACAGACAAAUGAACAAACAAACAAUCUAGAAAACCAUGAACAAAGAGGCGACAAAUGGAAGAAGAAAAUGUAGAGUUGUGAAUUUACUGUAGAGUUGUGUAGAGGGUGGAGAUUUUAGCCAUUUAUGACGUAUUUUUAAUUAUGGGGAGCAAAUGUGGGACUAAAAGGUUUGCAGGGCAUGGCAGCUGAAAAGAGGACUUCAUUUCUGAACCUUGUGAAUUUGAGAUAACGGUAAAGAGCUCCUGGGGAUGGUUAGCAGGUGAUGAGGGGAGAUGCUUUUAACACUAUUAAAAUGGAUUUAAAUAUUUUUUAGUAUUGUUUUCAUGGCUCUUUCAGAGUUUCUAGUAUUUCAAAUUCUUCUCCAUGCCGUAAGUUUGAUUAUGGAGUAAUGGAAAAUUUAGGUUUUAAAAGUAUUUUCAUUUUGUGAUGACAAUACAAAACAAGAUAAUUAUUUUGUUUUGAGAUUCUCUAUUUCAUACAUGUCCUGGACAAAGCCAUUUACUGUUACAAACCAAAGAGCUUGUGCCAAGGGAAUGAGACUAAUGCAUUGUUCCAAUAUCUGGAACAGUCUGAAAAUACUAAACAAAUGGUGAAACUUUUAAUGUGUCCAUUAACUGAAACCACUGAUUUACAAUGGGAGUGUAUGUGACAGCUUGCAUAAAUAAUUUCUGAAAUCACCGUGAUGCUUUCUGUUACGAUUAAUACCAAAAAACACAGUUUCUCUUGUUCAGUGUAAUAUUUCAAAUACAGUAUUGCAUGUGAUAUUAUGUAUUUGUAAAUAUUUUAUUCUCGGAAAGUGCUAGAGUCCUAUUUUAGUAAAAUUACUAUUAUUAUUAUUAUUAUUAUUAUUAUUAUUUACCAUCUUAGUUACCUUUUCUUUGCUUGGACAAAAUACCCAACACCUACAAGAAAAAGGUUUAUUUUGGUUCACAGUUUGUGGAGGUUUCAGCCCAUAGUUUGCUAGCUCCAAGGCAAGGCAGCGUGGCAUAGGGGUAUUGCAAAGGAGACACAGCUCAGGAGGUGGCAGUGGGAAGCAGGGAGAAAGGGUGCAAGGCAGGAAGGAAAGAGAUAGCCUUUUGCAGGCCAUGGCCACAGUGAUCCACCUCUUACAACCAGGCUUUACUUCCCAAAUCACAGUCAGCUGUAAUUGCAUCAGUGGACUAAUCCAUUGGGUAUCACACCCUCAUGAUCCAAUCACCCUCCAAUGCCCCACCUGUGAGCACAUGAGGCUUGGGAGUUGGGAGGGGUAUGUAUAUAUCAGCCAUAACAUUCAACAACACUUUUAUAUUGUCUUUUUUUUUUGCUUACCUUUAAGGAAUAACACAACUAUCUAUGAUGUGAAGAUGCAACUGUGCAGCAUCCCUGAGUAUUACCUUUAAGGAAAAAGAAGUGCACAGCACAUGUAGCCUUUUCUGCCCAUCCUUCCAGGAUGAUGUCAGUAACUUCUUGGCCAUUCCUUUGUUCUGUAGUAGAUGGCUAAAAAGACAUUAAAAAUUUAAUUCUAAAUCUUAACUGUGUAGUGUGACCCUGAACCAGUUAUACACUUUUCUGUGCCAUAUUUUUUAAUUUGUGUGGACAAAACGAGAUUAUGUAAGUGGCGUAUUCAAGUACCCUGAAAAUGAUAACUCACAGUAUUUGGACUUGCAAAAUUAUUUUAAUUUCAAAUGUGAAUACUAGAGUCAUCCAGAUUCCUCACAACCAGCUGGUCACUCAGUUCCGUCACUUCUGUCUCCCAAGAAGCUGUGCUUUUCACCUCUGUCAUCUGCUCAGGUCAUAGAGUGCUCCCACAUGCAGCAGCCUCCUCUCUGUACCCUAACUCAUAUCCUCUCAUUCCUUGUGAAGUUUAAUGAUUCUGCCCGUCAGCCAGGUGUGCCUGUAAUCCUAGCACUCUGGGAGGCUGAGGCAUGAGAAUUGACAGCUUAGCAAUUUUGUGAAACCCUAACUCAAAAUGUUUCAAAAAAUUAUUUUUUUAAAGGACUGAGGAUAUAGCACAGCACAAAAGCCUUGCAUUCAAUUUGCAGUACCAGAAAUAACAACAAAAAAAGUCUCCUCCUCUUAUUCCAGCCAUCAACCUGUCUUGUACUACUGUUUUGCGAAGGGCUAGUUUUUGUCUCUUUUUUCCAUUGUGCUUAAAGCUCUUUAAUAACAGUGCUCCAGGCCCUUUUCGAGCAAAUCCAUACCCUUUUGCAUGGUUAAACUUUUCCAUAAUUACUCCUCUCCAACUUUAUUUUGAUUUUCUACCUUUGUGGUCUCAUCACUCUAUUUCUGAUAUUUAACUCUUGUUCAGUGCUGUCUUCUGUUUUGUGUGUCCCUUACUUUGCAGUGCCCACACCUUCUCUUUGCUCCUCGUUGGCUUCCCUCCCGUAGAUACACACAUGACACUGAACUCUCUUAUCCUUCCUUCCUUCCUUGGCUGCGUCCCCUCUUCUCACGCAAAGCACCGCUUCUUUCUUUGGUCUUUGUAAGUUGCCCUUUCACUGUGUCCUCUUGGUGCCCUGAACAGUGACAACAUGGAUCAGGUUCAGAUCUGGAAAGGAUUUUAGAAGCUGGAAGCUGUGCCAAGUGGUUUGGAAGAUGACAGAAGCUAGGUUUGUUUGUCUCUGCUUCCCAUUGUACGGGUGUUCCUCAGUUGAACAGACUUGAGUUUCAUUUCUGUGUCCCGUGGGCUGCAGUGAUUGUGUGGCCAAAAAUAAGCACUUUUUCCACUUUCUAAUGGAUGAAAUGAUGGAUUCAAGUGGAGAAUGUCAGUUUUAAACUGUCACAAAAGGUAGCCUUCAGCAUAUUUCUUCUUUAAAAAUGUGAUAACUUCUCUAACUCGCCAUCUCUGCCCAUCAUUUACAUUAACAUACUUUGUUCUGUGGUUGUAUUUCGCUUUUACACUACAGUUAUGAAAGAGACAUGAAGUAAGCAGCAGUAGAAACAUGUUAGAUGUUAGUGUGUAAUUGGGGGGAAAUGCUUCAAAGAUUAAGAAUCGUGUGUUGUGAUAGAGAAUGAAAGGAGAGAGUUAGGUAAGGUUAUCGGGGAAGGGAGAAAAUGUUAUAUACAGUUGUAUUGUCUUAAGCCAUUAAAAUUAGGAUAAUUUGUUACAGUAACAAUAAACUAAUGGGAAUUGACUAAAGAUUAAUAAAUAUAAUUUGUGUGAAUUUAAGAGAGUUAACACUGAUUUGACUCAAACUUUAUUAGUCUCCAGAAACAAUGGCUUAUUACACAUUUACAUACAUAAGUGAUGUAAUCAUAUAGACGAGGUUUAUGCAACAACACACAUAUAAUAACUUAUAUAUAAAGGAUAUCCCAAUGAGUAACACUUCAGACCUUUCUUGGUGGAUUCAGAGAGGCCUCUCCAUGCCCUUUUCCUAGGGAAGACAGGCCAGGGACGCACACCCUGCAGAAAGACUGUCUUGGCCGCCAUCGUUACAAGUGUCUUUUUAUUUUUGACCCUCUGCUUCACCAGAGGCUUCUGGGAAUGAGCAGUUAGGUCCGUGAGUUUAAAACACAGCUUUCAAUUCUUAAUAGCCCCAGAAAAGUGGUAAACAGACUGCUUUCUUUUGCAGAUGUAAAUUAUACAAUGUUGAUUUCAGUUGUUGAUUUGAAAAUGUUGAAUUCUGCCACCUCGCAUAUCUUUAUUAAAUUCUUUUCAAGAGAAUCUAUUUUUGUUAUAUAUUUGAAUGUUUACAUUUAAAGAAAAAUUUGCUUUUUAGCAUUUGUGGUCCCAUAGAAAUACUGUGUAUCAGGGCUCCAGUGGCGCACUGGUUGGCAUACGGUACUUAUGCAAAAAUACCAUGUAUACAGGGAGAAUAUUUAUAGUGAGCACAAUGAAACCUGUGUCACUUUUUUGUUGGGGAAACAUAUAUCAGAAUUUGUACUUCAUACAUUAAGACAAUGAGAACAUUGUAGAAGGAAGUCAGAUUAACUUGGAAGGGCACAUUAUAAUGAAAGUGUAGCUCCUUAGUGGAGAAGGAACUUUUAUGAAUGAAAGUGAUAUUAAGCAGAUUUGAGGCUCAGAGACUUUGACAAUAAGAUUUGAUAGCUCUCUCUAGCUUAGUGCAUUCCAUCUUGUCAAUCGGUGGUCAGAAGUCUUUUUUUAUUUUUACUUUUUAUUUUAAAGGAGAAAAACAGUAAAUAGAAUGAUACAGAAGUUUAAAACAAGAUAAUAGGAAAUUAACAAUGGUAGGGAUUUUCAAAUACAUAGGUCAUUUCCCCCCCUUUUAAAUAGUUGUGACAAAUUUCAAAUAUACAUAGUCUCAGAAUAACCAUGGAAUAUACCCCACUUCCCCACAGCUCCUAGUAUUGUCUAGAUUUUUGUACCACCUGCUUCAUGUUUUUAUCUUUUCCUUAUUUUAGUAAAGCAGAAUUUUCACAGCACAGCACUUCUGUCUGCAUUCUUUGUAUUCAUCUCUAAAAAUAUAUAGUUGCCAGAUUUUAAUUCUUUAUUCUUUUCCACCUUUUUUCUGAAGCACAGAAACUGUGAAAGAGAAGAAUCAGCUAAAGGAGGCACUGUUUUGCAGUUCAGUAUUGUGUAGUAAAUUGAGUUUCUCCUUAGUGUAAGUUAGUUUCAUUUACAUAAGGGAUGUAUUAUCGAAUUGUGGACAGUUCAUUUUUCUCAUCAAUAUAUUGUGAUUAAGUUAAUUCAUACUUAAUUUCCAGAGAUAAUGGAACAACCAGUUGAUACUGCUUUUUUACCUUAAGUCUGUAGUCAAGUAUUCCUUUAGAGAAAGCCAUACUCUUAGCAAAAAUGUUCUGUUUUUCAGAGGUCUUCCCUCCCUCUGUGAUUUCAUUGAUGUCUCAAUUAUUCAUUGAAUAAUUGUGUUGUAUUAUGUACUUAACAAAAAUUUUCUGCCAGACAUUAUUUUCAGGACUCAGAGUUAUUUGUAGAACCCUGUCACAAGUGAGUAGUGUUUCAUGUCUAUAGCGCAGAAUUUUCAGUUAUCUUUUGUCAAUCUAUAUAGAUAAUUACGUGACUUGUAGUCUGAUUUUUAAAACAAAUACUGCCUCUAGAAGAUGCUUAACUUCUUUUUGGGUAAAUAACAGGAUUGGUGUAGCUGUCCUCAUGUUUAUGACAAAGCUUCAUUCCAUUUUGAGUGCCUGUGGAGAUAUUUUGAAAUUUGAAACUCCUACACUUAGUGACAGCAAUGCCCUCUCCCCCAGGAUCAGAAUUGUUACUCAGCUAUGGAGACUGAUUGGUGAAAGGAUGGUCAGCCCAAACCAAGGGUCUGACUUUCAAAGAUCUCCUUUGACUCUCAGGAGUAGGUUUGUUGAUGUACAGAUCUAAGCAUGGCUCUGUGCUGGCAUCUGAAUUGAAUUUUAGUCAUUGUGAAAGGGAGUGGGGGAAACCUUAGUUCAACUACCAAGCAGUGUAAUUUAGUUUCCUGUUUACUUAGUAAGAGGCAUAGCAGAAUUUCUUUAUAAAUUUCACCUAUAGAUUAAAAACGAAGUUGUUGUAGUUGUAUGGGUUACCAGUCAACCUCAGUUGUAUCAUUCAUCUGUUAUAUCUUUCUAAGUUACUUUACCUCAUCGUGAAAUUUGUGUCUGACAACUUUUAGAAACUACUUCUUGAGCAGUUAGUGUACAUCACAUAGUACAGUAUUCACAUCUAUAAAAUAAACAUGAGUGGUAGUACACUUGUAUUGUGAAGUCUUGUGAUGAAAUCCUUUCUUAAGCCGAAAUUCUAUUCUUCACUUAAAUUAUACUGUCUGUUGAAAAUAUCUGUGGCAUUGUCUUUGAUCAUAGUGCCAAAAUGGCAUUUAUUAUGACAUAGUACUUCUUCCAUUAUAUAGGUCAUAUGAUAUAAUAUAAUUUCUUCUAUUAAAAUUCAAGUAACCUUGGAAGAAAUAUGCAUGAGACCUUUAUUAUCUGUUAAUACCUUAGAAAAAUUGACUUCUAGGUAAAUAAUUAUCAUCUUAGAAAAUAAAUGGGGCUUGAGGCAACAGCAUAAUAAAGUAAGGAAAUACUAUCCCUAGAAGUCAAAUGAACUGGAAGAGCUGAUGUUGGUCUGCAUACUUAAAGGUUCCUAGGGACCACUAGGUAAUAUAAAUGUACUAUGUGGAUACUGAAGAAAGUCAAUUUAAGGUGCUUGUGCUUGUACCUCUCUAAAUAUGAUAGAUUUUAAGCCUUUUUAAAAAAAAAAAAAAAAAAACACUGUUGAUGGUCUUAAUUUUGUGAAUUCUACUAUAUUACUUGGGGUGCAAUAGAUGGACGGCUAUUUCAGACUGGCCCUACACAAAGGAAUUCUAUUGCAGAUGGAUGAGAACACUAGGCGUUUGGAUCAAUAGGGUGCUGAAAAGUACUUAAGAGUACUUUUUCUUUGGACAUAGGUUAAAUCAGAUUCUGCCUUUACUAAUAAGAAAGUUGGACAUUUCCCUUGAAAACAGAAAUGAAUCCAAGUCACCUGUGUAACUUUGCUAUAAUAAGUUUAACAUUACAUCUGCCACUGUCUUCAUCUCUCCACACCACCACCACCACCAAACCAGGACUUUGGUUCUACAGGUACAUUUCAGAGUUUGGUUGGGUCUAUCUUGAUUCAGGUGCACACAUGCUGUUGCAGACCUGAGCUGAAUGGUAGAGGGACCCAGCUUACAGUGGGAAAUAUGAGUUUCUUUUCUCCCAAUAGAGUCACUUCAGAUGCAUGAUCACAUUGCAGUUAGGCACAUUUAUGUUGUCAAGGUGAAUUAUUUCCUUCUAUAAAAAAGAAUGAAAAAGCAACAUACAUAAUUAAAGAGUUGCAUAUAGAUUUUCUUAGGGAGGAUGGAAGAAGUAUAUUAGGACUGAGCGGUUGGCAGCUUCAGCAAUUCCAAAGCUGGUGUUUAAAAGGCACAUAAUUAUAUAUGAUUAGACUGUAACUAAAGUAAAAUUAUAUUCCUAAGCGGUAGUAAAUACAUACAAUAAAAAUUGCUAAAGCACAAUUGAAUUUUCUACUUGUGCUUUCCAAUAAGGGCAAUUUUGUAUUAAUCACUAAAAAUACAGUGAGUCCUACAGUAGGGCAGAUGAAAUCAGUUUGUUAGAAAGUACUUUAGCUAGAAAUAAUAAUUUUCUAACAUAAAAAGUUGUUGGCCAUUUAAAAUGACCAGAGCAGGUUAUAGAAUUUGCUUCACUGCAGAACCAAAACCUUAUUUAAAAUAAGUAGCCAUCUGCCUUGAAUAGGUAUGCAACCCACUGGAGAUGACACACUGAGUUCUUUCAGAGCUAUAGAAGGACUUUGAUGCUCUUAAGUUUUGCAAGCCCUUUUUUACAUUUGGUUCUCCUGUUAUGGUAAAUAUAAACGCAUGCAAUAGGGGAUGUCAAUUUUUUCUAAAUUCAUUGGUUGAUCUUUUCCUUAUAUCAUCUAAGGAGAUCAGUAUGUCAUUACCAUUAUUCCUCUGUUGCUGAUCUGCUGGUCAGUGACUAUUUUGUUGGUUUCUGACUUAGGCUCAUUUGACUUUUAUGUUGGGCCACACUGAAACCAAAAAUAUGCACAUGAAGAAAAAAAAUUUGUAAAUACAUAUGCUCUUUCUGUCACUGCUAAUAAAAAAGUGUUUUGCUUACAUUUAUUGAGCUUUGACUAACAUUGUAACUACCGCAUUCUUUAUCCCACAUACCAGAGGAGAAACUGAGGCUUAGAGAGCCUGGGAACAUGUCCACAGCCAGAUAGGCAAGCCAGGGUACUGAUGGGAUCCAGACUAGCUCAGUGUGGCUACAGAGUUAUGCCCUGAAUAACUCUGCCUUUAUAAUAGGUAUUUGAAGACUAACAGAGCCCUUUAAUUCACUUCUCUUCAUAAGCUUCUUUUCUUUCUUGCCUUUUUUUUUUUAAGAUCUAACAUUGUGGUAAAUAUCUUUAGACUCUGAAUCUCAAACUUGGCUGUGCUUGGGGAAUCAGCUGCAUGUUUGGACAUUCAGAUUUUUAAAAAUCUUCCAAGUGAAGGCUAGGGACAUAAUUACGCACUGGGGUGCCUAGCAUCUGGAAAGUCCUGGAUUCAGUCCCCACUACCUUAUAUCAGCCAGUCAGACAGUCAGUCCUCCAGGUGAUCGUACUGCUUAGGAACAAGACAAAAUUUUAAAUUCUAAAUUCUGUCAGCAAAAAUUAAAUAAUGUCUUUAUUACAGAAAUACUGUAUAUUUGCUUUAGAAAAUAGAAGCAAAUCAAAAAAUUAGUUAAAAGGAUCUGUAAUCCCUUAACAGUAUAUCUUUAUUUUUUUUUCCUUUUGGCACUGUGUACAUUUUUAUAGUUUUAAUUAAAAAUUACUAUUCUGUAGAAUUCUGUAUAUUUAGUACCAGGUUCCAUUUUAUGUUUGAUAGCAUUUGUAUAUUUGACCAGGUUCAGAAAUUCUUGAUUCUUAUAUAUACAUAAUCAUAUCAUUUGACCAAUCCUUAUAAACUGGUGAGUCUCAAAGUGGAACAAUAUUUCCAUUAAUAGGGAGUUUGUACAUUGUGUGAAGCACUGUAAACUAAAGUGAUUUAGACGUCCCUCUUUUGCUCCCUAGUCUUGUAUGCCAGUUUUCCAGACAAAUUUGUCUUUUAUGUUCUUCUUACAUCCUUUAGAGACUCUUAAGGUAGAGCCCACGUGGUUUUUUCCUGGCUCUGGAAUUCAGGGAAUGCUCAGUAAAUGCCUGAAUGAAUGGACAGAUACGUAUGUUCCAAGAUCUCAGGGGAGAUCAUAAUUCAAAAAAAUUAAUUAAUGAAGUAAGUUCAGAUAUGCCUGAAAAAAGCCGUUGAGGAAUUUUAGGGUAAUAGGAAGAGACAGUAAGAGUGGAGUGGAAAUUGAUGAGAGUGUUAUAGUUUGUGUCUGGAUGCCCCCCUUAGUCUCAUACAGUCAUGGGGGCAGGCUUCUAGAAUUUAUGAUUGAUUCUUGGUCCAGUGCUGGGAUGAUGGGUGUUAGUGCUGCUCCCAGCCUCAGUGGGGAGCCUACAUACAAUAUAAAGCACAGAAAGAGUCUUCUCUCUGUGCUCCUUCCUUUUUGCUCUUGUUGCUUUUACUAUCUUCUGCCGCCAUGAGCAGUUGCCCCUCUGCCAUGCCACCCUGCCAUAGAGUCAGCUGAUUAUGGACUGAAACCUCCACAGACUGUGAGCUAAAUAAACUUCUCCUUUCAUUUUGAUUGUUAGGUAUUUUGUCUUAGCAGCAAGAGAAAAGUAACUGAGAUAAAGCGUAACAAAGCCUUCUGGUUCCAGAAACCUCCCAGAUUUGGUCCCUAAUGCAUUCAUACUCUCCUGGGUUAUAGUAUGCUCCCCCACUAUGGGGAAGGGGCUGGGUUAUGGCCUUUUCCCCUGGCCUACUCGGUCAUAAUAAAGAGGCUGACUCAGAUAUAUUUUCAACUAAUUGGCCGAAUUUCUCUUCCUCCAGCACUGUCUGAAUAAAAAUUUGAUAAACUUAUGUUGUGUAAUGGAGUUCAGUUUAGGGAAUAACCAGAGUCUGUUAGCAACGAGGAGCUCUAGUGGCAUGGUUGGUUAGCUCGGGCUAACACUGGUCAGCACCUGUGACUGCCCAGGUGGUAGGGAGGAGGUUGAGAGUGUGGCAGGCUGAGCAUGGCAGGCCCACUGCAGGCCAGCCUAACGCAAAAGAGCCAAUCUGGUCGAUGUGUAGGUUUGCUGAGAGAUCUGGGCGUGUUGUGAAGCAGCCCAGACAACUGUGGGCCGCUUGUGGAGGUAUUUUGGUAAUGUCGCCACAGAGCCAGACAUCUUUGCAUUAUAUGAUUGUGAAGGAUUUAGUUUUCAUUCUGACUCCUUAUAAUGUAAUUUUAUAAUCACAGUCUUAAUUAUAAUUAAUCACAAAGCCUAUACGUCAAAACAGUUAGCAUUUCUUUUUGCCUCAGAAAAGCUUUACUUUUGAGUGAAGAUACAUUGUUGGUCUUUACUUAUUACUGUGUAUUUUAAGACAAAUUUUUAUGAAAAAUGAAGCGUUGUAAAUGUAUAUGUGUACUUUCAUCAUCAUAAGUUAUUUACAUAACUGAGUUAUACAUACUGGAACUCUUUUGAAUUGAGUCAUUUGGAUAGUUUGAAAAACUCUUAAAAACUAGAACCUAUUUUGUUCUCCCUUUUUUGCUGAAUUCACACUGACAGUUAAAGACUUUCAGUUUAAAGGCAUUAAAGGUGGUUAAAACCAUCAGUCAUCAUGCCCUACUUAAAGUUUAACAAAGAAAAAAUCAAAGAAUGGAAUAGUAAGCUUAGUUUGUCUCAAAAUGUUGUUCUUAUGAUAAAACCCUAAUAAAAGAGAAGGAAUCCUUAUAGUUACAUCAUAUAGGAUAGCAAAAAACAAACAAACACUAGUGGCUAUACUUACUCAGAUAACAGUGAUUCAGGAGAUUUCUGGAAUGCUGCACCAACCGCUGGGGCCAGGAGUAUAUUAUGCUACAUUUGAUGAGCUGUCCUAGAAAAACAUUCUGAAGCAAUAAAGCAUCCAUUUGGCUCCUAAGUAAUGAUGGAAGCAUUGCUCUUCACAUUAACUAUUUAUUCAGGAAGAGAAGUGACCAACUGCUAAUAUUAUUCAAACAGAGUCAUUUAAAACAAAAGAAAACGGGAAAGUGAGGUUCUCUUUGAUUUCAUGUGCAUUAACCAAGACCCAAAGUGGAGUGGUUGGAGUCCCUGUACCACGUGGCUUUGGCUGACUACAUAUAAGCGCAAGUGUCUGUCAGAUGUAGUAAAAGCUUCUGGGCUUACGCAAGGACAGUGUGGCCUAAACCAGUGACAGGACAGGAAGCAAUGACUGAUAAUCACUCCAUUCAGGAGGCUAAUGCUGUGUGCUGAGAACAGAAAAGAGAUGGAGGAUUGGAUCAGCUCACUGAAGUCUGUACAAACCAGAGAACCUUACGAGGUGGCCCAGUUUAACGUGGAACAUUUCUCAGGGAUGCACAACUGGUACGCCUGCUCCCAUGCCCGCCCCACCUUCUGCAACGUCUGCCGAGAGAGUCUCUCUGGAGUCACUUCCCAUGGCCUGUCCUGUGAAGUGUGCAAAUUCAAGGCUCACAAAAGAUGCGCCGUGCGAGCAACAAAUAACUGCAAGUGGACCACGCUGGCCUCUAUCGGGAAGGACAUCAUGGAGGACGAAGAUGGAGUUGCGAUGCCUCACCAGUGGCUGGAGGGCAACUUGCCUGUGAGCGCCAAGUGUGCUGUCUGUGACAAAACAUGUGGCAGUGUUCUUCGUCUGCAAGAUUGGAGAUGCCUUUGGUGUAAAACAAUGGUACAUACUGCCUGCAAAGAUUUAUACCACCCUGUAUGUCCACUUGGCCAAUGUAAAGUAUCUAUCAUACCUCCAAUUGCACUGAACAGCACUGAUUCUGACGGUUUCUGUAGAGCAACAUUUUCAUUCUGUGUUAGUCCUCUGUUGGUUUUUGUCAACUCUAAAAGUGGAGAUAAUCAGGGCGUAAAGUUCCUUCGACGUUUUAAACAGCUGCUAAAUCCGGCUCAGGUGUUUGAUUUAAUGAACGGAGGCCCUCAUUUAGGUUUAAGAUUAUUUCAGAAGUUUGACAAUUUCCGGAUUCUUGUUUGUGGAGGAGAUGGAAGUGUGGGUUGGGUUUUGUCAGAAAUUGAUAAGCUCAACCUGAAUAAACAGUGUCAGCUGGGAGUACUGCCCUUGGGCACAGGCAAUGACCUUGCGCGGGUCCUUGGCUGGGGAGGUUCAUAUGAUGAUGACACCCAACUUCCUCAGAUACUAGAGAAGCUGGAACGGGCGAGUACCAAAAUGUUGGACAGGUGGAGUAUAAUGACAUAUGAACUCAAAUUGCCCCCGAAGGCUUCUCUACUUCCUGAACCUCCGGAAGCACCUGAAGAAUUCUAUAUGACGAUUUAUGAAGACUCAGUUACAACUCAUCUUUCAAAAAUCCUCAAUUCUGAUGAACAUGCGGUGGUCCUAUCAUCUGCCAAGAUACUGUGUGAAACCAUAAAGGACUUCGUUUCCAAGGUAGAGAAAACAUAUGAUAAAACAUUGGAAAACGCCGUUGUAGCAGAAGCUGUGGCUACCAAAUGUUCGGUCUUAAAUGAGAAACUUGAACAACUGCUGCAAGCUGUGCACACAGAUUUCCAGGCUACUCCCCCGCUCCCGGGUGUUGGGGCUGUCAUCCUAGAAGAAGAUGCUGUGGAAUCUUCAAGUGAAGAAUCCUUGGGGGAAAGCAAGGACCAGCUUACAGAAGACAUUACAAAACCUUCCUCCCAGAAAGGCGUCAAACCAAGGGAAAUAAUGUUACGAGCAAACAGUUUAAAGAAAGCAGUGAGGCAAGUCAUUGAAGAAGCUGGAAAAGUUAUGGAAGAGCAGACAGUGAUCGGCACUGAUUAUGAUAGUACGGAAACGGAUGAAUCUAAAGAAGAUUCAAGAGAAUCAUUAACUGGCUUUUUGCCAACAGUUAAAGCUGCACCGCGGUCUCCAGAUGCUCCGGCAAGUCGUGGUCCUUCCCAAACUGAUUCUCUCCCUGGUCCAGCUGUGGCAGCCACCAAAGAAAAUCUCCCUGUACUCAAUACUAGAAUAAUCUGCCCAGGUUUAAGAGCAGGACUAGCUGCCUCAAUUGCUGGGAGUUCUAUUAUCAACAAAAUGUUACUAGCAAAUGUUGAUCCUUUCGGUGCAACGCCUUUUAUUGACCCCGACCUAGAUUCAGUAGAUGGAUAUUCAGAGAAGUGCGUUAUGAACAAUUACUUUGGGAUUGGAUUAGAUGCAAAAAUUUCAUUAGAAUUUAAUAAUAAGAGAGAAGAACACCCUGAAAAAUGCAGGAGCCGAACUAAAAAUUUGAUGUGGUAUGGAGUCCUUGGGACCCGGGAAUUAUUACAAAGAUCUUAUAAGAAUUUAGAACAAAGGGUUCAACUUGAGUGUGAUGGGCAGUAUAUUCCUCUCCCUAGUCUUCAAGGCAUCGCAGUGUUGAACAUCCCUAGUUAUGCUGGAGGCACCAACUUCUGGGGGGGAACCAAAGAAGAUGAUAUAUUUACUGCACCAUCAUUUGAUGACAAAAUCCUGGAGGUUGUCGCAAUAUUUGAUAGCAUGCAAAUGGCAGUGUCAAGGGUCAUUAAACUGCAGCAUCAUCGAAUAGCCCAGUGCCGUACAGUAAAAAUCACUAUAUUCGGUGAUGAAGGAGUCCCAGUGCAGGUGGAUGGUGAAGCAUGGGUUCAGCCUCCAGGAAUUAUCAAAAUUGUGCAUAAAAACAGAGCUCAGAUGCUAACAAGGGACAGAGCCUUCGAGAGCACACUGAAAUCUUGGGAAGAUAAACAGAAAGGUGACUCUGGAAAGCAGGUCCUUCGAACCCACUUGUACAUCCAGCACGCUGUUGACCUGGCCACGGAAGAGGUGUCCCAGAUGCAGCUCUGCUCCCAGGCUGCAGAGGAGCUAAUUACCAGGAUUUGUGAAGCAGCCACAAUUCACUGUCUCCUAGAGCAAGAACUGGCCCACGCCGUGAAUGCCUGCUCACACGCACUGAACAAAGCCAACCCGCGGUGCCCGGAGAGUCUUACAAGAGAUACCGCUACUGAAAUAGCCAUCAAUGUGAAGGCACUGUAUAAUGAAACAGAAUCCUUGCUGGUUGGCAGAGUUCCUUUGCAGCAGUUAGAAUCUCCGCACGAGGAGCGAGUGUCCAGUGCCUUACACUCUGUGGAGGUGGAGUUACAGAAGCUCACAGAGAUCCCCUGGCUGUAUUAUAUCUUACACCCCAAUGAGAAUGAGGAGCCUCCAAUGGAUUGCACAAAAAGAAACAACAGAAGCACAGUAUUUCGUAUAGUGCCAAAGUUUAAAAAGGACAAGGUUCAGAAGCAGAAGACAAGCUCACAGCCUGUUCAAAAAUGGGGCACAGAGGAAGUUGCUGCUUGGCUGGAUCUGCUCAAUUUGGGAGAGUACAAAGAAAUCUUCAUCCGUCAUGACAUCAGAGGGGCUGAACUUUUGCAUCUGGAAAGGCGAGAUCUUAAGGUAUUUCCUUUGUGCUAUUCUUCUGCUCUUGAAAAUUUUCUUGCAAAACAGAAUCCUUUUUCCUGUACCUCUUCUGUUAUGUGCUUUCAGCCUGGCUUGUGUUAUGCAAAUUUGCAAUAAUCUAACAUUCAUUGCCCUGGAGUCUGAGUUUCUUGUGUGCUUUCUAAACAAGAAUGUCAACAAUAUUUUCCUGUCAAAAUCGGUUUCUGGCUAUUAUGCUACAAUGCAGCAUGAAUUUAGUGAAUUUUCUCUGCAUCCAUUGUUGUGACUGUUUCUGUGCUAAUCCUUCUACGUGGAUCAUGUUUCUAUCAGUUUAUUGUAUUGGGUCAGCAUGGAAAGUUGCAGUUCUUGCUGGCAAAGACUAAAACAUCUAAUGUAAAAUUUAAAAACAAUUUAAAAUAUUUGUAACAAAGCCUUCUUAGGCAGGUAUGGUGGCACACACCUAUAAUCCCAACACUGCAGAGGAGGCUGAGGCAGGAAAAUCCCAAAAUCUCUUAAAAUAAAAAAUUUUAAAAGAUCUGGAAAUGUAGCUCAGGGAGAAGGUUAUUAUGUGGAACUAGAGGAGUUACUUAUAAGCAGUGACUACUUAUAGAUAGUCCUGUGAUUUUGCUGUGUUUCUAAACUGGCUGUUCAUGGGUUACACAAAUAAGUAGACUAAUAAAUUAAAAUUCCCUUUCCAUGACAGGGUAUUAAUAUUCUGUUAUUCUCAAAAUAAAUGUAGUAUUUCCCUACAGUUUAUUUAUUUUUAUUUUUUAGCAACUCAGGGCUUGUCAUUCAUGAUACAGAAGAAGAAUCAUUAACUGAUAGUCAUUAGUGAUUCUCUUUUAUUCUUUGUGUGGAGACUCAAUAGUAGAAACAGCCAAAGUGCCUUAGUCUGUACAAAAGUUAAAAAUAGAAUUUUACCAGGGUACGAGUAUUACCAUAUGCUAGCAUUUGAAAACUACAGAUUAACACUGUUGAAGUGAUGCUUUUGUUAGAGACUAAGUUCUAGAUUGCAGAAAAUUAUAACAGCAAAUUCCUUAUAUAUUGGUGGGCUAUUAUGCCUUCAUCUAUAAGUUAGUGGAGCUCUUUGAAUAGAUGAAUAGUUGGGUAAUGUAUAGAUAGAUCUUUGAGCAAUCAAUGUUUUUGCACAUCAAGGAGUAGACACCACUCACAUAUGAAAAUCUUAGCCAGAAUAAUAAUAAAACAAUAGCUAGCUCAUUACCAUGAUUCAGAAUCUCAAUUCUGGAGCAGAAUAAAGUAAAUAAAGUUCAUAAAGCAAAGACUGACUUAGAAACUUGGAAUGAGUACAUGAAAAGGUAAAUGUAGGGGAUCUUUUUAAAAUUAUUAUUAUUAUUAUUAUUAUUUUGUACCAAGGAUUUAACUCAUGACCUCAUACUUGUCAGGCAGGUACUAUGCUGCUGACCCACAUCCCCAGCAAUUGUAGGAGAUCUUAUAAUCAAAUAUUAAUGUAGCUUCUCAAAUUAUUGACAGGCUGUAAUCCUUGUACAUCAGUCCUGAUUACAGUAUUAUGUCAGCUUCUCUAGAUGAUGUCUGCUUUCUAGAGACUUGUAUCUCAUUGUCCAUGAAAUAAGCAUGUAUUCAAGGAAAACACUGUAUAAAGAAUGCACACAUAAAAUAUUAGUGUGUUAUAUAAAUACAUAUACAUGGUGUAUAAAUCCAUACAAACAUGUGAACACAGAUAUACACAUACACAUGCACACAUACUAUAACAAAUACAGUACCUCAGUUUAUGGACUUAAUUAGUUCCACAAUUCUGGAAAGACGACCACAUUCAUGUUUGUGUGGGAAAGAUGGCUGUAGUUGUGUUUGUCACCUAGUGCAGAAUUGGCAAACAAACCCAAAGUUUUGUCAGACGCUUCCAUUUGCAGACCAAAUUGUUUGUAAACAAAAGUAUUCAUGAACACUACCUGCAUUUGCAUAAUGCUAAAGCACAUGUAUAAAGUGAUGCAAAGUCAGAGUAAAAGGAACUGUGUUGAAGAGACACUAAGAAACCAGGCACGAUGGCACACACUUGAAAUCCUGUACCCAGAAGACUGAGGCUGGAGAAUCAUUGCGAACUCAAGGCCAGCCUGAAUGAAUUACUUAGUGAGACCCUGUCUCAAAAAACAAAACAAGACCAAAAAAAAAAAAGAAUAAGAAACUAUGCAUGGUGGCACAUGCCUGUAAUCACAGUCUUUGGAGGACUGAGGCAGGAGGAUCCUUGUGAGGUCAAGAACAGCCUGGGUUACAAAGUGAGCUCAAGGCCAGCCUGAACUGCAUAGCGCGACCCGGUCUCAAAAAGACCAAAAGAAGAAAGGAGAUGAUUGAGGAUUAUUUUAGUGAACUUACUAGCUUUUUAUUGUUCUGUUUUGUUUUUAUUUUUAAUGCAAAGUAUUUCCUUGCCUUAAAACUUUUAUUUUAGACAUCUGUAUUGACAUUUUGUUUUUAACUUUAUCUAUUUUGUUCUAAAACAGGAUAUGAGGGGGAUGAAAAAGAAAAUUGUACAGGAAAAGCCUUGUGUAGCACAGAACCGUUAUGUGAGCUAUCUGUGCACCACUGUGAGAGGAUUCCUGAUAAAGCCGACUUAAAGUAGAGAAGAUGUAUUUUGGCUCACAGCUGUGCAGGUUUCAGUCUGCGAGCUCCACGGCUGUGGGCCCCCGGUGAGGCAGAACAACUUGGCAGAAGGGCGUGGGCAGCAAAGCUGCUCACCUCCCGCAGCCAGGAAGCAGCCAGGAAGCAGAGCGAGUUGGAAGGGGUCGGAGUGAAGGCACCAGGGACGAGGCCCACCCUGCAGAGGUGUGUCCCAAGUGACCUGCCUCAUCCCAGUAGGCUCCACAUUCUCAUAAGCCCUAUGAGCUAUGAACUCAUCGAUCGAUUAAUCUACUUUAAAAAAUUAGAGCCUUUGUGAUCCAUUUAACUCCCCAGAUCCCAUCCGCUGGCAGCCAGACCUUCAGCACAGUGAAAAUUGAAACAUCUUGCCUGACCUUUUUGUGAACUUCAGGAUUGCAUCAGCGACAGAGCCUCUGUAUCUCUCCCUCUCCCACAGUAGUCUCUUUUGACACUUGGAUGACACGUAGGGAUAUAAUCUUAGCAUGUCUAAAAGCGAACUGUUGAUCUCCUCUGCCGCUCAAGUGCUCUGCAUUUUAGUACGUCACACGUCUGGUCCUCCAGGUGCUGAAGGCAGAGAAGCCCAGAGACUCAUUUAGCAGGAGAUGAAUUCAUCUCCUGCUCCAACCUGUCCAGCCUCUCAGCAACUCACGGUGGUUCUGGUCUCCAUUCAUUGCUCUCAUCGCCUGUCCCAGCCCUGUACUACACUAAUGUCACAUCUGGCCAGGAGCCUCCUACCCACCCUUUCCACUCUCCUCCAAUCCAUUGUCCAUCGUCUCUCCGUAAUCCACAGUGCAACCACCGUGGUACGUUAACAUCGUCCAUCAAGUGUAUCACUUAAAACAUUUCAGUGGCUUCCCAUUUCUCUGAGAAUAAAGACUCCCAUCUUUAUGGAGGCUUGAAAGCUUCCUCCACCUGUUUACUGUUCCUCCUAGGGAGUCUCUGGCCCCUCGAUGGGUUGUGCCCCAUCCACUUGACCUAAGAUUUCAGUUGCUUGAAAAUGCCUAAUAUUUCCUCACCCUAGAGAUGUGCCCUCUUCUGCUCUGCGUCUCCCUGUCUGCCUGGCUAACGCUUGGUGAGAACUUGGCUUAAGUGUACUUCUUUGUCACUGAAAGCAACUGGAGAUAGCAGCGUGAUUAGAUGAGAAAGAGGCAGCUUCUAAUGUGCAUUAACUGUUAAAGAAACAAAAGGGACAGUUCUCCAGGAGAGGAAAGUAGGAAAAGGUGAAAUCGUCAGAGAAAGUGUUUAAAGCAUGGUGGGGUUUUCUGUUAUUUUUCCAGUUUGGAAAGUUGUUGUGUAUGGCUGGAAGAAUAACUGAAUGUCUACAAAAUAAAAAACUCUUUGGCAAAGGUUGGCUUCUUCAUCCAAAGGAAGAAAAAGCCAAUAGUAAAGAACACAAUAAUAAUAAGUACAUAACAUGUGAUAAGCAACAUGCUCAUAUAUAAAAGGGAAGAAAAAGCUAACAAAUAUUAGAUAACUGCAUCACAACCUAGCCUCUAAGACCUAAAAGCACUACACUGAAAUAGAAGUAAACAAUAUACAGCUUUGGGCUGGGGUUUAUCUCAGUGGUGUGAGCACCUGUGUGGCUGGUAUAAGGUCAUGAGUUUAAUCCCUGGUACCAAAAUAUAUAGAGAGCAGAGACAGAGACAGACAGAGAAAGCUAAGGAGUUAAUGUAACUUAAAUUAUAGAAAACAGUGAUCUUGUUAUACUAACUAAAGUACUAAUUUUGAAGUAGAGUCUGCCUCCUCUGGGUAGGUUUUUAUUCUGGAGAAUACAGUGCAUACAUAUCCUAAAAUAAAAUAUUUAGUAUUUGAGUACUAAAAUAUUUAGUUUUUUAUAGGCAGGUAUCUGUUAUCACAAAGACUACCUAAAUAUUCUAUUCAUAAAGGAAGCGUAAGUGUAAUAACAAAUGUGUUUACAUUCUGAAUUUAGGUAACAAACACUGAUAGCUUCCUUUAGGAGUUGGCCUUGGUUUUAAAUGUGACAUUUGGGACUGGAGAUGUAGCUUAGUGGCACAAAUGCAGGCCUGGCAAGCGCAAGGUCCUGAGUUCAAUUCCCUGUACCAAAAAAAUUAAUAAUUAAAAAUACCUGUGAUAUUUAUCAUAUACCCAGAAGAUGUAUAGUUAUACUUUCCAGGAUUCAGAAUCAGGCCUAACAUUGUUACUUGUAGAAUUUAAAGAGCUCAUAAAGGAUAGGGGAGAGAGAGAGAGAGAGAGAACACUUAAUCCACUCUAAUCUAUUUUAUUUAAACAUUUCAAAACAAUGUUCUUCCAUUACAAAAUCAGGUGAGUAUUUGGAGUCUAUCUUUUCUGAGAAAUAUGUUCUAUUUUUUAGAUUGCUUUGUAAGUAACUUUACUGAUUUUCUACUAAUUUACUUAUUUUCAAAUAUUAUACAUUGUUUUGUAAAGAGUUCAUUUGAUCUCUCACACUAGCAAACUGAUUAUGCUUUUUACACUUAAGAAAUUGUGGGUUUCAGAGGCUUUCCCUCUUUCCUGCAGCUUUUCAGGUGGGUAUUUUGGCUGUCUUGCAUGAGUUGUUUCAUUUCUGCAGCGAGUAUUUGCCAAGUGCCUGCCAUGCAAUAUAGAAAGAAUAGAAAAAGUGUAUUGGUUUUGACUCUUCAAGAACUGGCCCAGUAUACGUAAUUUAUGAAAAUAACAGUUAAGCAGAGCUUGCAUAGGAUUUUUUUAACCAGCUAGUAAUUUUUCAGUGUCAGGUUUUUUUUUUUUUAAUUAUUAACUUCUUUUUUCUAGCGAUUGCUUCCUAAAUCAUUGAAUACAAAUUAAAAUGGAUACACUGCAUAUCAUCUAUGUGCUUGCUGGUUAAAUAUCUAAUACUGUGUUUUCUCUUAUCAGUAAACUUGUUUUGUCUUUCUCCUUCCUUCCCUUCUUCCUGCCUUCUUUCCUUCCCC